AUUAAUAACUUACCAAGAAUGGGUGGAUACGUUAAUGCAAAUAAAUGAUGUAAUCAUUGGCAAUAUGGCAGAUCUAGAGAGCGAGGUUGCAGAACGGCUAGAGAGCAUGAAGCGUCGAAUCAAAUCUACCUGCAGCCAAACCAGUAAUAUUGAGCAGAAAUAUCGCCAAGAUAUUUGUUCGCUUAUGAAGCUCUUGAAAAAUGCAUAUCAUUAUAAUCAUUGGGACAUCCAAGGGCUCGAACUCCAAACUGUCAACCUAAAUGACAUUUUUGGUUCCAGAAAAGCGACUUGCUUGGCCCCGGAACAUUCACAUACUCCUAAGUGUUGUCUUAAUGAGCCCGAAUGUGAAUUGGAAAAUGUUAUUUUGGCACUGCCUGAUGUACGGGCGAGUAAGUUAUAUAACGGAUGCGAAACUCAAGUCAAAAUGGAGAUAGAAACUAAAAACACGGUUUGUAUGAAAAACUAUGUCAAUAGAUCAAUUAAAUUCAAGCAUGAGCCAUAAUUUAAUAUUGACUGAAACCCCUGCUUUAAUUAAUUCUUCAUGUGGCUCGAGACAUCUUUCGGGUUUUCCAUGUUGCACCGAAGACAAUACUACAUAUGUAUUGUUCAUUCGCAUGCAAAGCGAUUUAUGAACGUCAAUUGCAAUUUAAUAACUUUCAAAUAAAUGUGUACAAAUUCUAUGAUACUAAGCAUCCACAAGGGAAAGCCCGAGGUGAAGCACUAUGAAUUAGAAUCGCAAUGUGAUGAGUU